AGAUAUACUGAGACAAGGGUUAAGUUAUCGUACAGUCAACAUGGAUACAGUCAGCAUGAUGUAAUACAGUCAGCAUGAAGUAAUACAGUCAGCAUGAUGUAAUACAGUCAGCAUGAUGUAAUACAGUCAGCAUGAUGUAAUACAGUCAGCAUGAUGUAAUACAGUCAGCAUGAUGUAAUACAGUCAGCAUGAUGUAAUACAGUCAGCAUGAUGUAAUACAGUCAGCAUGAUGUAAUACAGUCAGCAUGAUGUAAUACAGUCAGCAUGAUGUAAUACAGUCAGCAUGAAGUAAUACAGUCAGCAUGAUGUAAUACAGUCCCUUUGUCAGUCUACAAGAAGGUUAACUGGUGUUCGUGCCUGCUGGGGAAGGCGACUGUUCAGGGUUUUUCCCCACUUUAUGUUUGUUUUUUCAUCUUCCAUGGUCCGGUUUUUACUGGUCGUCAUAAUCCCUGGAACAACUUCUUUUAAACACUUCUUGGAGCUCAAUAUUUUUCUUAUUACGUGCUGUUGUGAGGGGUAAAGGGUUGAUCUUUUAGGGAUGCAACUAACCCCUACCCUACCCUCGUCUCUCCUCCUCACUAGUGUUAGAAACGAUCACCAACUCAAUUAGAUGAUUUCCUGGUGUAUAUGGAAUUAUUUCAUCAUAGCAACUACUGGUGGUGGUGUAGGACGAUGGUAUGAAGGGAGUAGCCAAUGUUCUCACUGGGGUCAUUCUCGCUUUUUAUUACCUUGAGUUCACCUUCUUCGGAAACUAUUGUACUCAAGAGGUCCUGGAAUUGUUAUACCUCGGGUGGAUCUUGAAGUUAUCGUACGUAUCUUGGGAUCUUGCUGCUGGUAGGGCGGAAAAUUAUCGUACCCCGAAGGUCCUGGUGCAGUGGGAAGUUAUCGUACCUCAGGGUUCUGUCCGAGGCUUGAAGGUCCCAAGCGGCGACGAUCUGACCAUUGUGCGAAGUGACCGAAGAGGAGAUGGACGGGCCCAAGGGACCUGCAGCUAUUUAGGAUACAAAAAAAUAACUCUGUGAUUGUAUUAAAGGCUCUGAAAUAUCGAAACAUCAUCUCUGUACCCUCAAGACAAGGCACUGUAAUUGAUUCCCUACAUUGAGGUUUUAAACACGAGUAUUAUAUAGUGUUGAGGAACAAGGCGCUACGAUUGACUAACAUCAGCGUGCCAAAACAAACCUUCCUAACUAGUGAAUGACUCCACUAAGAUUUUGAAAAGUAAUCUUAGUGUCGAGACGUGGCUUUGUGAUUAACUGUCCAAUUAGAUUUAGAAAAACAAUCUCGAGCUUAAAUAUCAAGGCUUGGCUCUGUGAUUAACUGUCGACUAAGACCUGGAGAGAAAAAUAUAAUAGUGAGGAAGGAUUAGAUCUCAGCUAAAGGAAAGAGAAGGAAAAUGAGGGUAGGUUCAAGCACACACCCUGGGGAAGACUCCCUCACACUCUCCGCCGUGAAGGAAGGUUCCUCCACUCACCACUCAGGCACCACUCAGCCUCACCACACAGGCACCACUCAGCUUCACCACACAGUUACCAGUCAGCCUCACCACUCAAAUGGCCACACCGACCUAUAUAAAGGGUGUGAGGACAGGGAAACCCCGGUGUCGUCGACCAAUUCCACCCACUGCUGCACCUGUUGUCUCCACACACAGUGUGUCCAGCGCCACCCCAAAGUCCAGGCCGUCAUGGGCUGCUUCCUCCAGAAAUUCGACAACUUCCUCAACCGGUCUUUCUACCGGCUGGGACAUGUGAUCGCCAGCCAUUAUGGUUACUUCAUCAUCGUGCCCAUCUUCUUGACCGCCAUCUUCGCCACGGGCUUCCAGAGGAUCAGGUACGAGGAUGACCCCGAGUAUCUGUUCUCACCCACCACAGGGUUCGCCAGGAACGAGAGGGCCAUCAUCGAGCAGAACUUCUUCCUCAACUUCAGCUCGGACUUCCACCCGUCGAGGCUGACACGCACGGGAAGGUUCGCCAGAUUCAUCAUCAUGGCCAAGGAUGGCGGCACACUCUUGCGUAGCUCCGUCUGGAACGACAUCAUCCUCCUAGACCGUCUGGCACACUCUGUGGGCGUCCAACUCGGUCACAAGUACUCCCGCUACGAAGACUUGUGCGCCAUCUGGGACGGCAAGUGCUACGAAAACAACGUCCUCGACCUACAGGAGUUCAUGCCGGAGGUGGAGGCGGGGACCUUCGACAUCACCUACCCCUUCAUGCUCAACCCCAACACCUUCGAGACCUACCUGUUCCCUCACUUCUUCGGUGGCGCCGUCAUCAACAGCAGCACAGUGCAGAGUGUCCAGGCUCUCUCCAUCUUCUACUGGCUCAGGACCAACACCCCGACGGAGGACCAAGACGCGGCACUAUGGGAGGAGGCGCUGCUACAGGCUAUGGACGGACGAGACUUUGGAGAGAUAACAGUGGCCAGGUUCGUCUCCCGCACCCUAGAGACGGAGCUGGAGAACAACACCAACUCCGUCGUCCCCUUCUUCGGCGUCACCGUCACUAUCAUGGUGGUGUUCAGCGUAACGUCCGUCAUGAUGGGUGACUGGGUACGCACCAAACCCUGGCUGGGUCUUAUAGGUGUGGUGUCCGCCGCCCUCGCCUGCGUCACCGCCUUCGGGUUUCUCAUCUACCUGGGCGUCGAGUUCAUCGGGAUCAACAUGGCCGCCCCCUUCCUCAUGUUAGGUAUAGGUAUGGACGACACCUUCGUGAUGUUGGCUGCCUGGAGACGCACGCGGCUGCAGGACAGUGUGUCGGAGAGGAUGUCGCAGACCUUCGCCGACGCCGCCGUCAGUAUCACCAUCACCUCACUCACAGACAUGAUUUCAUUCUUCAUCGGUGCCAUCACACCCUUCCCCUGUGUACAGAUCUUCUGCCUCUACACAGGGACGGCUGUGUUGGUAACUUACAUCUGGCACAUCACCUUCUUCGGGGGUUGCAUGGCCCUGGCUGGCCACAUGGAACAUGGCCAGAGACACGGCUUCACCUGCCGCAAAGUUAAGCCAAAGUCAGAAGCAGUUGAUGAUAGCUGCUGUUACCGCAACUGGUGCACUGGCGGCAUCAGCAAGUCAGAUCCUUGGAACCCACAAGACAACAAACCCCAUGCAUUUAUGCUCUUCUUCAAGAAUUAUGUUGCACGUCUCCUCAACAUUCCUGCCAUUAAAGCCCUGGUGGUGAUGGUGUUCCUGAUCUACCUGAUGGUGGCUUGCUGGGGUUGCACCAUGGUCAAAGAGGGACUGGAACGACGUAGAUUGUCUCGCGAUGACUCCUACUCUGUUGACUUCUACGAUAGAGAGGACCAAUACUUCAGGGAAUUUCCAUACAGGGUGCAGGUUGCAAUAACUGGAGACUUGAACUACAGUGAUCCUGAGACCCAAAGAGACCUGAUGGAACUGCACUUAAAAUUCGAGAACAUGUCUUACGUCGCUGGUCCUCUCUACACCGAGUCGUGGCUGAGAGCUUGGCUUGGCUUCCUUGAGAGAAACCAGGAUUACUUGGGAAUUAAUAUCACAAGUGAAGCAGACUUCUGUGCUAAUCUGAAAGAGAUGUAUCUAUCAGGUCCAGCGAAUCCAUUUGCCCAGGAUGUAAGAUUCAACGAGGAUGAAACUAAAAUUAUAGCGUCCAGGUUUAUCGUCCAGACACACAAGAUCCUUGAUGCUAAUGCUGACAAAGACAUGAUGGAAGCAUUACGCCAAGUGGCAUUAGAUUCUAAAUAUAAUGUUACAGUGUUCAAUCCAUUCUUCAUAUAUUUUGAUCAAUACGUGUUAGUAAGAACAACCAGCAUACAAGCCAUCAGUCUUGCUGCUGGUGUGAUGAUGGUGGUAUCACUCAUCUUUAUACCCAACCCUCUGUGCUCUCUCUGGGUAGCUUUCUCCAUAAUCUCCAUUGAAAUUGGUGUUGUAGGUUACAUGACUUUGUGGGGAGUUAAUCUGGAUUCCAUUUCAAUGAUCAACCUAAUUAUGUGUAUCGGUUUUAGUGUUGAUUUUUCAGCCCAUAUAUCAUAUGCAUACCUUGCUGCUAAAGUGGACACUCCUGAGGAACGUGUCGAGGAGUGUCUGUAUGCCCUUGGCCUUCCUAUAUUACAGGGUGGCCUCUCUACAAUAUUAGGCAUCACAGCACUAAUUCUUGCUCCAUCUUACAUAUUCAUAACUUUCUUCAAGACUGUGUUCCUUGUCAUAUUUUUUGGUGCUAUGCACGGAAUCUUUCUUUUACCAGUCCUCCUCUCUCUCCUGGGUCCUGGUUCUUUUAGUAAAAGGAAACCCAAGGAUAUUACACCACCAUCUAAGGCACAUGGCCAUCCAUUCUUUGUGCAUGGUCAAGAAAUUUCUCCCAAUCACAUUGACCCCAACAGCCUGAAGAUUCCCCGGCCACACAGUGUAACUGCUGUGCACAAUGGUGCAGCGGGCUCACAAGUGGGACCUGUAGCUAUGGGACGUUCUGGGCCCUUCCUGGCUUCGGGUGCUAAUGGCAUGCUUGCAUCCAACAAAGAUGAUAGUAAUAGUCUAGAAAAAGACUUGGGCCUUGGCACUUCUGGUGAAGAGUCAAGUGAAUCGAGCUUGAGCAAGGGAGUAACAACACGGCGUGGUGGUCCAGAUGUUGUGAAUGGCACUGCAGGACGUCCUGGACUCCCAAUAUUGGAGGUAUAUAGUAAUAAUGGAUAUAUAAGUGACGACAUGGAAGCUGAAGAACGACGAGCACAGGAACGUCGUCUAGAUAGAUAUGGCGAGUGGGAAGACCCACGUCGAAGUUAUCAUGUCCACCGUUCGUCUGCUGAUUAUUCAUCUUCACGUGCACUUCAUCAGGAACGUCCCCGCCACUCAAGCUCUCGUGAAAGGAGCGUGCAGCGAAGUGAAUCGUCAAUAGCACGAUAUACAACGUCACGUCCAUCUUCAGAACCAAGGGGACGACACCGUGACUUCCACUAACAGUGUUACGCUCGGGCGACCAUGUGCCAUGGCCAAGUGUACAGUGUACAUAGUUUAGUAUGAAUGGACAGGCCCAGCACAGCUAGUCACUGGGCAGAGCCUACCCUUUUUCCUCCUCCCAGGGUACAGUUUUACCCCGCGGAUAUGUGCCAUUCCGCCCACGUUAUGACUCUGCCAGUAUCCUCCAGUCCUGCGCCAUUUUCAUUUUACAAUCUUCUUAGAUUUGUGUUCUUAUGUUCUACUAAGAGGAUGUAACUGUCAUUGAUGUGUUUCUUUGACUAAUAUGAAGGGUUGCUGAAAAAAAAAAAGGGAACUCGGGGGUAUUUUAACAGAGGAAAUAUCAAAAUUGAAGGCAAUAUUUUCCACAAAACAUUAUAAAUGGUGCCUUAUUACCGAGAUCUAUUAAACUGAUUCUGAUUUGGUAAAAUUUUCACCUCAAAAUAAAAAUGUUGGUGGUUGAAGGAAACAAAUUUGAGGAUGAACUGAAUUUUUCAGUGUUGGUAGUUGUCCGUACAGAAGGAAAAAUGAAAUGAAAUGCCAAAAAAUUUUGUCUUAGGGAUAAAAAGAAAUGUUCAUCAGACUGGAAGGCAAAGGAAAAUUGUAUGCCAGUUUGAUCAAUAUUUUUUUUCUAUGUAGUGUCUGACAGUGAAUAGUCUUGUGUAUUGAUGACUAAUUGUUUUAUUAUGUAAAUGCAAUCUAUAAAUGCUUCUUGUGCAUUCCUCAUUGAAGAUUAUCUGCUCUUUUACACAUUUCCAUUAUCAAGUUCUGUAGUUUAAAGAAAUUUUCUUCAAAGAGGAGCUGGGGCACUGGUGGGCUACAGCUGGCCAAGGCUCUAAAUCAACCCAAGUUUUUUAUCGCAUUAUAAAGUAAACUGUAUCAGUUACCACAUGUGUGGGCGAUUACAUUAUUGUGCUGUAAAAAUAUUUUCGUGAGUUUCUUUUUAAAAAUUUUACUUGUGAAUAUUUUUAACAACUGGACCAGUUGUACUUGAUGAAUUAUUUUAUAAUACUCCAUUUUAUUAAUGUUUUGUUUUAGUUUUUAAGUUUUUCUGCAAUAAUAAACUCGAGACAUUGUCUUGAUUGUACAUAGGAAAAAAAAGGUUUUUCUGUUGUGUCCAUAUACAACUCUACUGCACAAUAUCAGCUAGUGCUUCCAUGUCCUUCAUAACAGCUGGCUAAAAGACAUAAGUGGUGCUCAAGCUUUUCAUUGUUGAUGGUGUUAGACACAAAAGUACAAAGUACGGAGAUAGAAAUCCAGUGAAGUUAUGAGUAGAACGAGACUCGUUAAAUUUAUGUACAGUGCAGUAAAUGGUCAGAACUGACAUUUCUGUAGUAUUUAUUGUGAGAGUAUGGCAGGAUUUCACUUAUCUUGAAGAUGUCAUCCAGAAUGUAAUUUUAUGUAUGUAGAUUAAUAAUGUACUGAACUGGCUGACUCAUCCCAGUUCAUGUAAGGGAAGUCCAAAAAGUGGCUUCUAAAUAUGAUAAAAUUAUUCUUUUAUAACAGUAAAUAUUUUUGAUGACACAGUUUCCCGUAAAGCUCUCGAGGGUACACAUUAAAACCUUUUGUUAAAUGUGAAAGUUUGCUAUAGUGUAACCUCACGAAAUUCAGUAUUAUUAAGCUCUUCUACGUUUUUCAUAUGUAGUGUUAGUGUCACUAAUAAAAUAAAAAAUCUGACCAUUA